AUCGAUGACAUAAAUUGAACAAUGGAAUCGAAGUACGACAAAGUUGCUUAUCCUGAAAAUGCCUACCUCCAUUCAGACAGUGAACAAGAGGAAUUCGGCACAGGGGUGUAUCCCGGUGUAUCUAUUAUCUCCAGGAAAUACAAACACGAGGAUACGAUAAAGAUCGCUUGUUUUAAAGUAAAGCGAAAGUUCAGCCGAAUAGCUAUAGCAGGCGUUAUUCUAGCUCUUCUACUCUUGAUAAUAGCUAUUGUCAUAAUCAGCACUUCUCAAAGAAAAGGAUCAGAGGAAAAGGAAAUGCUCCACAACUCCAACAAUAAGGCUUACGGGCUAUUCUUUCAGCCUGAUGUCGGUGAUAAUCCCCUGAUCAACUUCAGUCCACAAAAUAAAUACUCUAUGAAUCCAUACAUACAUAAUCUAGAUUUCCAUAUGCAUGAUUACAAUGGUUACUCCUAUGACAAGGAUCCUUACAUGAAGUGUAAAAAUGGAGAAACUGUCCCUGAGGGCAAAGUUUGUGUACAGAAAAUAGAGACGUUUGGGUCACAGUGUACACAUCUCGGUAACUAUGGAUAUUUACAAGGACGACCUUGUGUACUUCUGACCUUGAGAUUGAGACCUGAUGAUGUGCCAGAGAAUUUUCCAAAGGACUCUAAAGUAGGAAAGCUGCUAAAUGACACAUGGUCCCCUAACCAUAUAGGGCUGAAAUGUGAAGGGGAGACAGAAGAUGACAAAAAACAUAUCGGACCAGACCGGUGGUAUGCCCCUCUCCAUAACAAAGACCAUCCCACCAUGAGAGAGAAGCCAAUCCAAAAUUUCCCUGAAACUGGAUUCAACCUCACAUACUUCCCGCAGAAAAAUCCAGACAAGUACAUUGCUCCAUCAGUGAUGGUACAGUUCAACACUAUAAUGACCAAUCACGUCAUUCGGAUCAAAUGUGUGGCCUGGGUGGCCAAUCCGGUCCAGGGAGAAAAUCCAGAGGAGUCAGAAAUUUAUACCGCUAAAUUCCGAUUAUUAGUGACAUGAACAGUCUAAAAUCUGGAUUAUUUAAGAAGAGGGAUAAUUUUGGGGUUUAUUUAUAAAUAUUAAUA